ACCAGCUUAUCACCUAUAUCCGUCGCUAGGUGAUGAUGACAUUUGCGUCAUUGAAGCGCGACGGACAACAACAACAACACAGCGUGUUGUGUAAGUGUCCGAGCAGCGAGAACAUCAUUAUAAAGACAUUUAUCUCCUACACCGAGGACAUGUCUCUCCUGCGGUUCUGUUCAACAGUCAACAGACAUGUUGUGUCCAAGAGUUUAUCUGUGGAGUCUGUGUUUACAGGGUCUGGUUCAGGGUGUUCCCGGGCAGCCAGCGGAGCGGUGAAGGACAAGGAGCCGCUGAAGAAGGCUAAAACCCCGCAGGGCCGGUUCGACACCCCCGAGGAGGCGAGCAAAGCUGCUCUGCAAAAGUACCCCGACGAUGUGAACCCUGCCACCAAGGAGAAGGGAGGUCCUCGGGGUCCAGAGCCCACCCGCUACGGAGACUGGGAGAGAAAGGGCCGCUGCGUCGACUUCUAGCUCAAUACUCAUAACGGUUAUUUAUCACACCUGUGUUAUGGAGAAGUAAUAGUCAGUCAGUGGCACUUUAACUAGGUGUAAGUGUAUACUGGCUGACAAAGGAUGUAAAAAUUAAAAACAAAUGUCAUGAAAUAUGAUAAUAUGUGAAGCUCCAAGACACAUUGUACAUUGGUGUUGUCUGACUAUAUAAGGAAUGUAUCAGUUAAAAUAAUAAGUUAGUCAUUUUAAAACAGCAUCUGAUUUUUUUUUAAUUUUUUUUUUUCCAGAAGGAACCUGUUUUCCAAGUAAUAAUUGCAUGUCUUUAUGCUCAACAUGUGAUCACACUAGGAUGACACUAGAGACACUUCUGCUGCCUCAUAUGCAUACAGUUUUUAAACAGGAUUCUUAGGAAUCCUCCUAAUGGGAUCUGUGGGUGCAGUCUGGUUCGGAUGGAUCAUAUGUGAUUCCUGUUUGUGUUGUUCCAAAGAAAAAUAAAAAAGUCCUUUUAUUUAUAGGA